UUUGACGCAUUUUUAGGACCCAAGGCGACAUCUAGUGUAUAGAUAUCUAUGGUGAAAGUGAAAGUGUUUCUCCCUCCGAAUCGACUCCAUUGUGUGAAGCGUUUGUACAAGUUAAAACAUCUUUAUCAGCAGCAGAAACGGUGAUAUUAAUGUGACAGAACAAGGCCUGUUGACUAAAGGAGUGUGAUCCAUUCCAUCAGAAGAGAUCAGACUCUUCAGGACUCAGCUGUGUGUUUGUGUGUAAACUUUACUAAUAUUUAAAGAUGGAGACUCCUGAUCUGGACACAGAUAAUGUUUCUACACCAUCAAACAACUGUAAACCCAAGAGAAAGAGAUCAGAAUCACCAACACACAGCUGUAUCUCCAUGAAGAGUGAACGGUCUAUGGGGCUUCCUCAGAAUUUUAAAGAUGGAGACACAUCACUUCUACACAGUAAACCCAAGAGAAAGAGAUCAGAAUCACCAACACACAGCUGUAUCCCCAUGAAGAGUGACUGGUCUAUGGGGAUUCCUCUGGCAUUUAAAGAUGGAGACUCAUCACUUCUACACAGUAAACUCCAGGGAAAGAGAUCAGAAUCACCAACACACAGCUGUAUCUCCAUGAAGAGUCAUGAGUCUAUGGAUCAUCAUCAGGAGGUUAAAGCUGUAGACUCCUCACUUCUACACAGGUACGACCCAGAAUCUGCUGGUGGAAAUGAAUUCCAGAAAAAGUUCAAAUUAAAUCUGAUGAAGAAGUUUCAGUGUUUGAAUGGAGUGAUAAUAAACCUGGGAGCCCAAACACUCCUGAAUGAGAUCUACACAGAGCUCUACAUCACAGAGGGAGACAGUGGAGAAGUCAAUAAUGAACAUGAGGUGAGGCAGAUCGAGGCAGCAUCCAGGAGAAGAACAACAGAGGAAACACCAAUCAAAUGCAAUGACAUCUUUAAGCCUUUAUCUGAACAAGACAAACCCAUCAGAACUGUGCUGACAAAGGGAGUCGCUGGCAUCGGAAAAACCGUCUCUGUGCAGAAGUUCAUUCUGGACUGGGCUGAAGGGAAAGUAAAUCAGGACGUCCACCUCAUAUUUCCACUUCCUUUCAGAGAGCUGAACUUGAUGAAGGACCAGAAACUGAGUCUGAUGGAGCUCCUUCAUGUCUUUUUUAAGGAAACAAAAGAAACAGAAAUGUCCAGUUUGGAAAAGGUUCUGUUCAUUUUUGACGGAUUGGACGAGUGUCGUUUUCCUCUAGAUUUCCAGAAGACAGUGAGAGUGUGUGAUGUAACUGAAUCAGCAUCAGUGCCUGUGCUGCUGAUAAACCUGAUCAAAGGGAAUCUGCUUCCCUCUGCUCUCAUCUGGAUCACCUCCAGACCUGCAGCAGCUGAUCAAAUCCCCUCUGAGUGUGUGGAUCGAGUCACAGAGGUACGAGGGUUCAAUGACCCACAGAAGGAGGAGUACUUCAGGAAGAGGAUCAGUGAUCAGAGCCUGGCCAAUAACAUCAUCACACACCUGAAGUCAUUAAGAAGCCUCUACAUCAUGUGUCACAUCCCAGUCUUCUGCUGGAUUACAGCCACUGUUCUAGAGAGAAUGUUGGGUGAAGCAGAGAGUGGAGAGAUGCCCAAGACUCUGACUCAAAUGUACACACACUUCCUCAUCAUUCAGACAAACAUCAUCAGAGAAAAAUACUCAAAGAAGCAGGAGAGUGAUGAAGAAAUGCUUCUUAAACUGGGACAACUGGCUUUUCAGCAGCUGAAGAAAGGGAACCUGAUCUUCUAUGAUGAAGACCUGAGAGAGUGUGGUAUUGAUGUGACAGAAGCAGCAGUGUACUCAGGUGUGUGUACUCAGAUCUUCAGAGAGGAGUUUGGGCUUCACCACAGUAAAGUGUACUGCUUUGUUCAUCUGAGCAUUCAGGAGCAUCUCGCAGCUCUGUAUGUGCACCUGACCUUCAUGAAGGAGAAGAGAAAUGUGGUUAAACAGAAUCAAGAUUCUGAACGUUCGUUGAAAAAAAAUACAAUCUCAGAUGUACACAAGAGUGCUGUGUAUCAGACUUUAAAAAGUAAGACUGGACAUCUGGAUCUUUUCCUUCGCUUUCUUCUGGGUCUCUCACUGGAGUCCAAUCAGAAACUCUUACAUGUUUUAGUAACACAGACAGGAAGUAGCUCCCAGAGCAUAAAGGAAACAGUUCAGUACAUUAAGGAGAAGAUCAGUAAAUAUCUUCCUACAGAGAAAUCCAUCAAUCUGUUCCACUGUCUGAAUGAACUGGGUGAUGAUUCUCUAGUGGAGGAAAUCCAACACUACCUGAAAUCUGGAAAACAAAGUGAACUUUCUUCUUCACAGUGGUCUGCUCUGGUGUUUAUGUUACUGACAUCAGCACAGGAGCUGGAUGAGUUUGACCUGAGUAAAUAUUUCAGUACAGAUAAGAUAACAGAAGAUGUUGUUCUGAAGAUGAUGCCUGUGAUUACAGCAUCCAGUAAAGCAAUGUUGUAUAUGUGUGGUGUCUCAGAUGAAGGCUGUGCUGCUCUGACUUCAGCUCUGAGAUCAAACCCCUCACACCUGAGAGAACUGGAUCUGUCCUGUAAUAAACUAGGAGACUCAGGAGUGAAGAGUCUCUCUGCUGUACUGGAGAAUCCUCACUGUAAACUGGAGACACUGAAGUUGCGUCAGUGUGAUGUCUCAGAUGAAGGCUGUGCUGCUCUGACUUCAGCUCUGAGAUCAAACCCCUCACACCUGAGAGAACUGGAUCUGUCCUGUAAUAAACUAGGAGACUCAGGAGUGAAGAGUCUCUCUGCUGUACUGGAGAAUCCUCACUGUGAACUGGAGACACUGAGGUUGUAUAUGUGUGGUGUCUCAGAUGAAGGCUGUGCUGCUCUGACUUCAGCUCUGAGAUCAAACCCCUCACACCUGAGAGAACUGGAUCUCAACGAGAAUAAACUCGGAGACUCAGGAGUGAAGACUCUCUCUGCUGGACUGGAGAAUCCUCACUGUAAAGUGGAGACACUGAAGUUGUGUGAUUGUGGUGUCUCAGAUGAAGGCUGUGCUGCUCUGACUUCAGCUCUGAGAUCAAACCCCUCACACCUGAGAGAACUGGAUCUGUCCUGUAAUAAACUAGGAGACUCAGGAGUGAAGAGUCUCUCUGCUGUACUGGAGAAUCCUCACUGUAAACUGGAGACACUGAGGUUGUGGGAUUGUGGUGUCUCAGCUAAAGGCUGUGCUGCUCUGACUUCAGCUCUGAGAUCAAACCCCUCACACCUGAGAGAACUGGAUCUGUCCUCUAAUAAACUAGGAGACUCAGGAGAGAAGAGUCUCUCUGCUGUACUGGAGAAUCCUCACUGUAAACUGGAGACACUGGGGUUGUGUGGCUGUGGUGUCUCAGAUGAAGGCUGUGCUGCUCUGACUUCAGCUCUGAGAUCAAACCCCUCACACCUGAGAGAACUGGAUCUGUCCUUUAAUAAACUAGGAGACUCAGGAGAGAAGAAUCUCUCUGCUGUACUGGAGAAUCCUCACUGUGAACUGGAGACACUGAGGUUGUGUGAGUGUGGUGUCUCAGAUGAAGGCUGUGCUGCUCUGACUUCAGCUCUGAGAUCAAACCCCUCACACCUGAGAGAACUGAAUCUGAACUGGAAUAAACUAGGAGACUCAGUAAAGAAGCCGCUGUCUGAUCUUAAGGAUGAUAAACAUUACAAACUACAGACACUGGAGUUCUAAUGAAUAUCUGUGUGAUGAAGACUCCAGUGUUCCUGCAUUACCAUGAUGGAGAAUAGAGAACAUGUUUAUUAACACAUCACUCAUUUAGUUCUAACACAUUAAACACACACAGAGAUGUGAGAAGUGUGUGUUCAUCGUGUACAGUGAAUCAGACUAAACACAAUUCUACACUGAGUUUAUAAUGACCUCUGAUCCCUGGGUAAAAUUCCCUGGACCUCAAUCCCAUAAAAACCUGAGGGAUUAUUUGUAACAGGAGGUGAAAACCCACAGGAUCUCGAGCUGAACCCUGUUCAUUUUACUGUUUGUGUGAUUUAUUAUUUGUGUAUUAUUGUAAUAUAAUUUACACUUUUUACACAUGUAUACUUAUAGCUAUAUUACUGGGUACAUAACUAAAAUUAUAUUGUAUAAAGGUACUUAAAAUAUCUUGUAUAAAUACAUCAUACAUUUAUAAAGAAUAAAAUACAUAAAUACAGUCAUUAUUUUUGUUGUGUAAAAUUAAUAUUAUGUAUAGAUAAUUCUGUAGAAUAUUCUGUAGAAAAAAAUAUUAUUAUUCUUCACAUAAUAACAUAUAAUCUAUAUAAAUAUAAUUCUUCAAAAAUAAAUGUAUAUCUAACACAAUAUAUAGUUACAGAAUGUAUUUCUGAAGAGAAACAUGUUUGUAAUAAAAAUAAAUGACUAUAACAUGUAGGGUUAACAUUAUAACACAACGUUGCUGAGUUAAAACAACUCCCACUGGAUCAGUCCACAUUGUACCCAGUGCUGGAGUUCAGAAUCGACCCAAACUGGGUUCUGUUUAAUCUCAGACAUUUUAGACUGCACCUUUAUGAGGAGACUCACCUGGGAAUGAGUGAAGAUAAGCACAAACUCCUUCUUUCUGUUGUGUAUCAGUCUGUUUUUUACCUGCUUCCCUCUCAUCUGUUUUAGUCAGUAGUGGAAUUAUUAUUAAUAUAAUUAUUUUCAAUUAGUUUUGUGUUCAGCAGCUAACGAAUACUCAUAAUUUAAGCAACAUUAAAAUGUUAUUGCAUUUA